AUCUUGGCAAUACUGCCAGUACUGGCGCUGCCAGGUGUCGGGCACAGUUGGGGGAAAAAGGAUCUCUCUCUCUCGGCGCGAGAGACGACGGCGAGGACACCAGCCACGCUUCCAUCGUCGUGGAGCAGGUGAUUUCGGUCCGAAACCGGGAGGCGAAAGAAGCACGGUCACCGUUUAUCCGCGAAUAGACGCGGGAGAUAAGAGAGAUCGUUGUAUUGACAGUCGAUCAUAACUACCGGAGGUAUAAGAUUACAUUUGUUAUACCAAAAGAGACGUUAGAUGUGUUGUGUGGCUGACAUUCUAAAGUUAGUUCGACUUGGUCAAUGAACUUUGCGGAUGCGCGGAAGGAAGCAAGGCGAUGAGAGCAUAUUUUGAUUAAUGGCUCGUGGACAGCAAAAAAUACAAUCUCAAGCUAAAGCAGCGGAAAAAAGUGCAAAAUUAAAGAAACAACAAGGACACAGCGCCAAUGACCAGAAGAAGGCAGCGCAGAAGGCACUUGUGCACGUGUGUAGCGUAUGCAAGGCUCAAAUGCCAGACCCUAAAACUUAUAAGCAACACUUUGAGAAUAAACAUCCCAAGAACGAACUGCCUGACGAUUUAAAGAAUAUAUGAGGGUACGAACUUUUGUACAGUGACAAUUGGGAUAGAAUGCAGGAAAAAUGUGUUGGAACUGACAAAGUGAUAUAGUUCAACGUUCAUCUGAUCAUUGCAUAGUUUCAGAAAAUGAAUAAAACCUUGUUAGUGUUUUAACUGAUCUAUUGCAUUCAACAGAUUGUUGUGCACAACUCAAACAUUAGAGGCAUAAUUAAUAAUUUACUUCUGAAAAAUCUUGAUUUAUAGAAGCCAAUACUUUUCUCACGUAAGCAUAAUUGCAUAUAAUCUUGUGUACAUUUUUAAAUAAAGUUGGUAAACUCGAUGACGCAAAGAAUAUAAUUCAAUGUAAGAAAGGAGAGAAUGUAGCAUUCAUUUCCUGCUUCUGUUACAAAGAGAGAUAAUAUAUAAGAUAUGAAUAACUAAAGAGAUUUUAAAUUAUUUUCUGUGUAUAUUAAAAAAAAGGCAUUUUAAAUGCUCUUAUAAAAAUUAUGAAAAGUGUUAUGAUGAAUGUUUCCUCGUUAUAAAUCUUAAUUUUGUACUGUAAAUUAGGAAAAAAAUAAUAUUUUGUAUCAUUGACUUUGUUGCAUUUAACUUAUAUAUAUUUUAACGUAAGAGCUCACAAAAACGAUUCUUCAAGUUACAAGGUUGAAUAUAAUAUAGAAAAAUCUUAACCAUAUAACUGCCAAUUUAUAGUUGAAUGUAUUGUAUGCUCUUUAAAAUAAGAACAAUGUAUAGUUAAA